AUGGCAGUAAUAAAUAUUAAUAACCACCGUGGAAAUUCAGCGAUUGGUGUUGACCUAGCUGACCUUGGAGGAGCAAGCAGCGGAGCGAAAAAUAUCGAUUGGCUAGUCGGAGAAGCUGAUAGGAAUAAUACUGUGUUAAUUUCAGCCGAUGGUGGAAAUAUGGCUCGGGACCUUCAAACAGCACUCGGAGGAGCAGGUGGGACUGGUGCCAUUGACACCGAAGAAAACAUCUUACAGUUGCUAAACGACUUGUGCACCGAGAUGACAUUGCUCAACCAUGCUCGAAAAGCUUACAGAAAUAAAUUACAACGGAAAAUAGACGAUAGAGGAGAUGAUCAAGGAGACCUUGCUAUAUUAUUAGGAAAUGAAAAUAUAGGCCAGGAAGAUGAAAGAGCCGUUUUUAAUUUAGCCGACAUAUAUUGUUUAGAAAGAUUUAUUGAUGACUUUUUCGGAGACGACAGCAACAUUGAAACUAAGGUUAUUAGAGAGUUAUUUGGGGGAAGUACUCGGUUCGCAUCCGAUAUAAUUGAUGGAGGUAAUUUUUAUGAGGAUAAGGUUAAUGCGGACAAUCCAAAUAAUGACUUUGUAAAUUUUCGAAAACUUUUUGCUCGUGUAGUAAACGCAAAUUUUUCGCCAGUUGAUGAUGAGGACAGUAAUAAUAACAUUAUUGGCAAUAACGCAGAGGAUAACAACGCUGGAUUUGAUAAUUUAAUAGGCAAAUGCUUAGAAGCUUUGGCAAAGCAGCGAGGUGUGGGUGACACAGACGAACUUAUUAAUGAUUUUCGUGAUAAUUUUUCAGGGAAUAGAGUUUUCCGAAAAGUUACUGAACCAGACCGAACAAAUAAUAAUACAAACGAUGGAGAUGCUGAAAUUAAAAGAUAUCAAGGAAGGUCAUUGACCGGAACCCAAGCCGCUUUGGCUUUUGCCAGCGGAGUUGGUGCCAGUAAAAUAAGAAGAAACGGAAUCACUCAACCAGGAACAAAUGACCCUGGACAUGAUUUAAAAACCCCGACAGAUAAUGGCGCCAGUGGACUAUCAGCAGAAGAACAAGCGAUUUUUAAUGAUGAUGUAGUAGUUUUAGAUACUGCCGCUGCUGAGCAUCACGCAGCUUUAUUAUUAGCUCAUUUACGAGCAGCCAAAAAUGAUAACGCAGAAGUAAUCAAGUUUUAUCAUGAAGCUUCUGAUAAUUCUCCCGCUAAUCGUGCUCGACAAGCACUUAAUACCGCUUUUAAUAAUAUAGUUGACCGAGUACAUGCAAGGAUCGACGGAGUCCUCGCUGGUUUAAUUUAUAACUUAGGUUAUACUGGAAAUGGUCUUUCAGAAGAUAAUGCCGAAUUACCAUAUGCAUUUGCUGAUAAUGGUAUCGAUGACGAACCUGAAGUUGAUUUAUCAGCAGGAGAGAAAGGCAUUAUUAAUAACCCGAAUGUUAAUACUGCUGGAGGCAAAUACUACACAGCAUUACUGUUAAGUUACUUACGAAGAGUGAAAGCGGCGGCUAAUACGGCUAACGAGGCUUUAAUUAAUGCGCAAAUCACGGCGGUAGACAAUAAUAUCUUAGCAGCUUUACAAGACUUUGAAAGUGCAGCAGCUAGAAACACUGCGGCGGGAACUAACCGCCUUGCCGAAGAUGUGGCUAAAGAAUUAGCUUGA